AUGACACUGGGGUACAAUAUCUUGAGAAAAGAGGAAGGAAGCUCAGAGCAGCAGCAAAUCUCGCAGAACCCUCGCAGCUGCCCCUGCCUGCUAGUCCUCAGUGACAGCAGCUGGGAGACGGACCUUGCUGCAGUGCCUUUGUUUGUUACCCGUUUUCAAGCCUGUGUCCUACACUUUUUGGUUUCCUUGGUGGUGGGCAUCCGUCGGCGCCUCACGGAUUCAUGUACGAUGGCGAGAUGGCACAAGACAGACAAGAAGAGUGGUGUAGCUAUAUACAAUUUCAAAGGCACAGGAAUAACUCAACUACCUCUACAGAUUGGUGAUGUGGUAUAUAUCUUGGAGUCCUGUGAAGAUUGGUACAAAGGUUACCUAGUAAGACAUAAAGGAUCAGAGGGAAUAUUUCCUAAGUCUUUCAUCCACAUCAAGGAAGUCACUGUUGAAAAGAAGAGACAUACAGAAAAUACCAUACCUGCUGAAAUUCCUUUAGUUCAAGAAGUUACCACUACUCUCUGGGAAUGGGGAAGCAUCUGGAAACAGCUCUAUGUGGUAUGACAUUUUUACAUGCCAUGUCAGGUGCAGUCCAUGAUGUAUGACUUAAUGGAGUGGCGGUCACAGCUUCUGUCUGGGACUUUGCCAAAAGAUGAGCUCAAAGAACUCAAACAGAAAGUCACUUCCAAAAUUGACUAUGGUAACAAGAUACUUGAGCUAGAUCUAACAGUUAGAGAUGAAGAUGGAAAUAUCUUAGAUCCAGAUAAAACUAGUGUCAUCAGCCUAUUUCAUGCACAUGAAGAAGCAACUAAUAAAAUCACUGAGCGAAUUAAGGAGGAAAUGUCAAAGGAUCAACCAGAUUAUGCCUCAUACUCCCGAAUGUCUUCAUCCCCCACUCACAGUCUAUACGUCUUUGUGCGGAAUUUUGUGUGCCGAAUUGGAGAGGAUGCAGAACUCUUUAUGUCACUAUAUGAUCCACAGAAAUUAACAAUUAUAAGUGAGAACUACUUGGUGAGAUGGGGGAGCAGAGGCUUUCCAAAGGAAAUUGACAUGCUCAACAAUCUUAAAGUAGUGUUCACAGAUCUUGGAAAUAAAGACCUUAGCAGAGAUAAAAUUUAUUUAGUUUGUCAAAUUGUCCGAGUUGGAAGGAUGGAUCUCAAAGACAGUAACUCAAAGAAAUACACACAAGGACUGAGGCGGCCUUUUGGAGUGGCAGUUAUGGAUAUUACAGAUAUCAUAAAAGGAAAAGCUGAAAGUGAUGAAGAGAAGCAGCAUUUCAUUCCCUUUCACCCGGUAGUGGCAGAGAAUGAAUUUUUACACAGUCUCCUAAGCAAAGUUACCGCGUCAAAAGGAGACAGUGGUGGACAAGGUCUCUGGGUAACUGUGAAAAUGCUUGUUGGAGAUGUGAUUCAGACUAGGAAGGACUAUCCACAUCUUGUAGACAGAACCACAGUUGUUGCCAGAAAGCUAGGAUUUCCUGAAAUAAUCAUGCCAGGAGAUAUAAGAAAUGACAUUUAUAUUACAUUACUGUAUGGAGAUUUUGAUAAAUACAAUAAAACAACGCAGAGAAAUGUGGAAGUGAUUAUGUGUGUCUGUGAUGAAGAAGGAAAAGUGAUGCCA